GUGAAACACGUUGACGUAGUUUGGGGGCAUUGUUUGAAGAGCAGGGGGAAGCGUGCCACAGUUGUCUAGAUUUAAACUCGCCGAGAAUUUUCUUUAGCCAUAAUUCAAGUCUAAUUACUAGCAACACUUGAAUUUACGUUUAUCAAAUAAUUCUAUAUAGCGGCCAUGUAUUAGCAACAUAGACACGUACGAGUUUGUGUUGUAACAAAGCUGAAGUUGGACAGCUAACGUUAGCUAGCGCUACUUCCUCCAUCAGACUAGAAAUUAGUGUUAACGUUAGCUAUAAUUUAUAAUUGAGCCAACAUCAGUCUUGUUCGCUAUGUAAGUAGCUAGCUAGUUCAAGUAAAGCACAAGUCUUGCGUAAACUCACCAUUGUGAGAAUAUUCAGGCUAACGUUACUGCUGUAGCUAGUUAGCACCAGAUGAGGAAAGAACUGAAUUGUCAGGCGUUUAAACAUUUUUGGCGUUCAUAUUUUUUUAUUCACCAUAAACUGGUGUUUUAGAUUAAUACUUAGCACAGCAAUAUCGUUUAAUGUAGUUGGCUAGCUUUAUGUAGUGAUUAUUUUUUAACGUUUAACUAAGAUUGUUCUAGCAGGAAGUACAGUAACCUUAAGAAAAUAGCUUGGUAGAAAAUGGAGUAAAGCAGCUACAGUAGUCCAUCCAUUGAAAAGCAAAAGUAACGUUAGCUUGUUAUCCUUUUGGAGGCUAGCUUUAUAAAUCGGGAACCCCACAUCUCCUUUGUUUCAGGUUGUGGCAAAAAAAACCUUUUCAAGUAACUUUGUAUAGACCGCUUGCAAGUUAUGACAAUCCCUUUAUGUUGAAAACGAACGUUAGCUGGCUAGUUUGCUGCUAGCUACCGACCGAAUGCUGCUACCGAUUGCAUAGCUUCCUAGACAGCUUACUAGCGUGUCACUUUCCCAACUGCAUCCUAAAGAUGUCGAACGCCAUAAACGAAGGUCUGUUCUUGAUAAAAGACGUGAAGCCUGGAUCGAAAAAUUUAAAUAUCGUAUUCAUUGUUUUGGAAAUAGGACGGGUAACCAAGACGAAGGAUGGCCAUGAGGUGCGUUCCUGCAAGGUAGCGGACAAGAGCGGAAGCAUCGCCAUCUCUGUCUGGGACGAGCUGGGCAGCCUCAUUCAGCCUGGGGACAUUAUCCGGCUGACCAGAGGCUACGCCUCCAUGUGGAAGGGCUGCCUGACCCUGUACACUGGAAGAGGUGGAGACCUGCAGAAGAUUGGAGAGUUUUGCAUGGUGUAUUCCGAAGUGCCUAACUUCAGUGAACCCAACCCAGAUCUGCUAGCCCAGAACAGCCAGCAGAACAAGACUGGCAAAUCGGAUCAGAGGGGGAAUUCUCCGCCUAAUCAGAAUUCAGGUACACCUGCUCAGUCAGGUAACGGUGCCAUGAUACCAUUUGUCAACAACAGUUCUCCCUCCACUCCUCGUGACCCUGUCUUUGGGGGUGUGGGGCGGACUAACGGCCGUUCCCCUGGCAGCGCAGCUCCUCCAAUGUCCGCUGUGGGACCUCCCAGUGCCCCCAAGCCUUCGGUCACUAUUAGCAAUGGCAGGGACCCCCGGCGUGCCAAGAGAUGAAACUGGCAUUAGGGAAAUCUUUCCCCUGGCCUCUUAACCCUCCUUCCUCACUCUCUCCCUUCCAUCUACCUUUUGGACAAGCCAGACCUGGCAUUUGCAACAUUAUCACUGAAAAAGACUAGUUUCUGAUCUGCAGCUUAUACUGGUUAACCUAGUCAAUGUUGUCUUUCUCUAGUUGAGCUAAUGUUUGUUGGUUAUGCCAUCAAUUGCAAAAAGCACCUCACUGAAUAAUUGUGACCUAAACAUGAACACAGUAGCAGGACUUGCAAAGCUCUGGACAUAAAGUAUGUUUACCCCCUUCCACCACCAUAAUUGCCAAUUUUGUGCUAAUGUUAUUGACAACCCUCCCUGUGCCUCCCUCGCCCAUCUUGUUGGCUGAAACUAUUCACCCUACUUGACCACUAGAUGCACUUUCUUCUCUUUAAGUCAAAGUGAAAGCAUCACUAAUUUGAUUAAGGAACUGAUUACUGCUGAUGGGGAAAGCCUUACGUAGGUGAAACAACUUUUUGGACAGAAUUAACUAACAAACCCCCCUUGGAAGGAUCACUACUCCCUUCUCAACCAAAACAUAUCAAAAGUGACUGAAAAGAAAGGUGAUAGUUUGAUUUUCAACGGUAGGUCGAUUAGAUUUAGUUGAGAAUGGCUACAGUUUUCAUGAGGACUAGUUUAUUUGCUGUCCAGUUAUGAACAAUACAUUUAUUAGGUGGGAACACUUAAGAGUUUCACCGAAAUAUAUUUUACUGCCAUUUUGAUUUCUGUUUCAUCUCUGAGAUACAGAUGGUGAAGUAGUUAAUGAGUGCAAUAAAUAAUAUUGUCACAUUUAACUAGCUAUGUUCCUCAUUCUGUCAAACAACUUUAAUUAAGACUGAUGAGUAAUACAUUUAAUCUGUUUUAUCACAUGAACGCAUUUCCAAUGAACGACAGACGGGAGAACAGUGUUUCUGAUGUGUCAAAACUAGCCCUAAGGCUAAUAUCCUUAACUUUAAUCGAUAGUCCUGAGGCUUGUUGCAUGUCUACUCUGUGGGACGGUUUCCCAGACAGGUUAAACAUAGUCCAGGACAAAAAAAUUAUACUCAAUGGAGAUUCUCCAUUGAAAGUAUUUUAGUCCAGGACUAAGCUUAAUCUGUGUCCAGGAAACUGUCCCUAUAUGUCAUCUAUCUGAAACACUUAAUGUUGAAACCUAUUGAAUAAGCUCCAGGGAUCACCCAACUGCCCUCAAGUAGAGAGACAUUUUAAAGAUCUGUCAUCAUGUGGUGUUUAUUUAUAUACUAACAUUAUACAGUGCCCUCUAGUGUCCAUCCACUCAAGUUCUUGGCAUGCCUUGCGCAGGAAACUCAUUCCAUGAAAGGCCAAGAAUCUGCUGGUUUUUGUUAAGACCUAGUCAACCAGGUGAGAGGAGUGUCUUACUAAUCAGCAACCUUAAUUGAUCAAGGCAAGAGCAAAAACCGCAGACACUCGGCCCUGUGUGGAAUGAGUUUGACACGUGCCUUACUGGGAUCAUUUAGGCUGCUGCUAAAAAAAAAAGUGCUUUUUUGGUAGUCCUCUGUGCCAUAUUGUACCCUUCAAUUAGAUUGUUAUGAUCAAAGUUUAGAAUCCAUGCUUUGCAAUCUUAUUUAUUUCCCAAGUCCAGUUGGACUGACCUCAAAUUGUUUCAUAGUACAGUUUUGGCAAUAGUCUGAACUAGACGAAGCCUUCAGAAGGCCUACAUAUGUUUAAGUAAUUUAUAAGCAGAUAUAUAAAAAUGUGUUAACCCUUAAGUAUGUUUGCUUCUAGCCACAAUAACAGAAGCUCAUUCAAAGAUCUAGACAAAUGUAAUUAAGAGACCAGUCCAUAUGACAGUUAUUUUGGCCCAUUGAUUAUGGUUAAUUAAUGUUGUGAGAAAGAUGCAGUAUGAUGACAAUUAGUUCUUUACUUAUUUUAUCCCAGUUGUCUGUUUUGAAACUUAUUUUGUAACCACGCAUUGCAAGAGACUAAACACACAUGGCCUCAUAUCCUAUGUUUCACAAAGCACCACUGACCACAGACAGGGAAGGCUUUGGCCUGUGAGAAUUUUCCCUGCACUAACUGAUAGGCACUGUCAUGUUCCUCAAAAUAAAAAUAGUUUCAGGCUAUUCUAGAUAUUAAUUAACAAUUUAAAAAAUAGUUAUCUACUCUUUGAUAUUCCAAAAUAGGGCUGGUUUCCCAGACCCAGGUAAAGCCUAUUCCUUUACCAAAAAGCACUUUAAAUGAAGACUUCAUUGAGCAUGCAUUUUUGUUCACAACUAGGCUUAAUCUGUGUCUGGAAACUGGCUCAUAUAAAAAUAAGCAAUGUAAAACAGUGAGAGUGCUUACUCGGUUGUUGGGUAUGUGAGCUUUAUAUUUUGAAAUGUAUAAAAUAUUUCCUAGACAAAUUGUUGAUUGAAUAAAUGUACAGUGCAUCAGACACUUUGACAGAGGACAACAGCACCA